AUGGCAACUCGUGCAGCUGCACACAUUCCCACAGAUGCAGAUGAUGUCUGUGAGUGCGCCUUCUUCCACCUUGUCUACACCAUGAAAUGGGAAAACAUCCCGCCAUGUCUCGUUGUCAAUGUUGAUCAGAUGGGUAUGUAUGUUCUGCCUAGCAACUCCCGCACCUUUCAUGAUAAGGGGGCAAAGCAAGUUGAUGCCAUUGCAAAAGAUGAGAAGCACGCUUACACUUUGCUUGUUGCAAGCAUGCCCACUGGGAAGAUUCUUCCGUUCCAACAGGUCUGGGGGAGUAAAACUUCUGCAUCACUGCCAAAGCAAACUGCACCUGGUAUGGUCAAGGCACAAGAAUACAGGUUUGACUUUGCAUUUGCAGCCAGCGAAUCUAGUCCAUGUAGCCAUUUCAGCACACUCAAGACAAUGAUCGAGUGGAUCAAGAAUAUUCUCGUUCCCUGGAUCAAGCAUGUCAUCGAGGAGGAUGGACUAGAUGAAGAUCAAAAGUCAAUUCUUUAUAUUGACUGCUACCCCGUUCAUGCUGAAGAAGGAUUCAAGACCUACGUUUUGGACUCCCACCCAAACAUCAUUUUAUGCUUUGUUCCUCAGAAUUGCACUCCAGUAUUCCAGCCUGCCGAUGUUGGCCUUCAGCGGCCAAUAAAGCACAGCCUCAAGCAGUCCCUUUUCAAAUAUCUCGCGGCUACGCAUCGAAGGCAGAUGUUAUCCAGGUUGCAUGCUGAAGAUGUGCGCAUUACCACAUCGCUUCCUCAACUCCAGGACGCAUCAGUUGGGGGGCUUGUUAAGGUCUAUGAAUAUCUACAGACUCUUGAUGGAUGUGAUCUCAUAAAAAAGGUGGGCUUCACUUUCCAUCUGUCCAAAUUCAAAUCCCAAAUACCUUUAUCUGUAGGCUUGGGCAAAGAGUCAGGCAAAAAACUGGUGCCUUUCUGA